AUGCCGACUGGAUUCAAAGGUAUACUAGACAGUGAAAAGCUGUGGAAAGGCACUUCCCACACUGGUCCUGACCUGAAAGCCGCACUGUCGGCUCGUGCCCUUCGUGGUGUCACUACCUUCGUUCGACCGACUUACUGGGCUAGCAGUAGCACCAAUGGCAAACAGCUCAGGCGGACGGCCUAUCUAGACGGCUUGCGGGGAUUUGCAGCUUUCAUGGUCUACUGGCUGCAUCAUCAACUAUGGGCUCAUGAAGAUCUUCAGAUGAACCGCGCCUUUGAGAACGCCUUUGGCUGGGAUGGUCAUUACUAUUUUGUUGCGCUACCAGGCGUCCGUACUUUCUUCUCCGGAGGCCAUUUCGCCGUGACUGUUUUUUACGUUAUUUCGGGAUACGUGCUCUCUGCAAAGCCGCUGGCAUUGAUUCAGGCGGGCGAAUACGUCAAACUGUCAGACAGCGUCGGAUCGUCCCUCUUUCGUCGAUGGUUGCGACUAUUUUUGCCGGUAAUCGGGACGACCUUUGUAUUCAUGAGCCUGCUACACAUUUUCAACCUUCCCACCUCGGUGCUGGACAAGGCACCCACAUACAGUGAAGAAGUGUCGAAAUGGUAUAAAGAGUUCAACGACUUCGCCUUUAUAUUUCGAAGCGGCGGCGAGCCAUGGUUUACCUAUCACUUCCAUGCCUGGUCUAUUCCAGUUGAAUUUAGAGGCUCAAUUAUGAUCUACGCAUCUAUCAUCGCAUUUUCACGGUGCACACGAGAUGCACGACUUUUGUGCCAGCUCGGCUUGAUAAUAUACUUUGUCUGGAUUACAGACGGGUGGUUCUGCGGGUUGUUUUCAUCAGGGAUGCUUUUGUGCGAUUUGGAUUUGCUCGCAGCCAACGAUAACCUACCGCGCUUCUUAUCUAAGUUGCGUCCCUACAAACAGACUAUAUUCCACACCUUAUUUAUAGCGUCUAUCUACCUCGGUGGUGUGCCCAGUAGCAACGCAGACGUCAAUAACCUACGAGACUCCUACGGUUGGCAGUAUUUAUCGUACCUCAAACCGAAGGCUAUGUGGGACUAUAAGUGGUUUUACCUGACCUGGGCAUCCACUUUUCUUGUGUCUUCCGUGCCACACAUUUCUUGGCUCAAAGCCUUCUUCGAAACUCAUUUCUGUCAAUAUCUUGGCCGCAUAUCCUUCGCCUUUUAUCUUGUUCAUGGGCCAGUGCUAUGGCUUGUAGCUGACAGGUUGUAUGCCAGUGUCGGCUGGACGAAGGAGUGGCACGGUAGCAACAUACCUGGUUGGAUCAAUAAAUUCCCAUUGCCAAAGGGGGGUCCAUUGGGCCUAGAGCCGAGCUUUCUCGCCAUACAUCUAAUUGUGUUACCACUCACACUUUGGCUUGCUGAGGUUUUGACAAAGGUGUUUGACGACCCAAGCAUAAGGAUAUCACAGUGGUUGUACAAUAAAACACUCGCCGGGAGCGAGAAGUAG